AUGUCAGCCAAAGACGAGGAUCAAUUAUUUAUGAAAGCUGACGGUAACCAACGACAGACAACUGGUUUGGUAAAGGAAGCUUCUCAAACAUCAAACGAUAGUACUGCUACUGUUGCUACUGCUGCUGCUGUUGCUGCUGCUGCAGAGGGGAAAACCGACAUUACACGGGAAGAAAUAGAUGUUCUUAAAAAAAUGAGAGAUGUUUUGAAAGAGGAGUCUAAUAUGUAUUCAAAGGGUGUGCGAGAUACCGACGUUGACUGGUUCAUGACAGAUUCAUCAAUCGACCCCCAUGCCUCCACGCUUAAUUACCACAAUGCCAGCAAGUCUAGCCUGACCGAUACUACUUCUACCACCGCCACCACUACCGCCACCACUACCACUACCAAUACCACCAAUAAGCAAGAAGAGGCAAAUAAUGAACACAUACCUUCUCAUUCUGUUAGCACCCAUCUUAGCACCACCAUUUCCAAUUCCAAUGAUGCAAUUUCAACAAAAACAAAACCUACAAUUACUCCUAUUCUAGAAGAAAAUAUAGCAUCCUCCCCAUCAAAUCAUAGCGAUUAUUCAAGCUAUCAAAAACCAAAACGGAAAAGCUCUCAAAAGGGCGGCUUGUUUUCAAAACUCAAGGGAAAGUUUUACAAAGAAACCCAAGAGCUAGUCUCUUCAAUACCAACGGUGAAUAACAGUAGUAAUAAUAAUCACGCUAGUCACAGUAGUCACAAUAGUCACAAUAGUCACAAUAAUCAUAUUAUUAGUAAUCCCCCCAUAUUUAAGCCAAGUUACUCCCCAUCAUUAUCAAAUGAUCCUAAAGCUAAUAAACCGCAUCAGGCAACAACACCAUCAUCCCAAGGCAUACCAGGUAGCGACACCUAUCCAUCAAUUCAUUUAAAGAGAACUAUGUCAAAUCCGGCAUAUACAAAGACCACAAAAGAUCCAAGGUUAGAAGAAUACAUCAAAUUCUAUCAACAAAAAGAUUUGCGGCGUUCAUCAAUUGCGUCAAGAAGAUCCUCAGCCACUUCGGGAAAAAACGACGAUAAUCAAUUUCCUGGUGUUUUAGUAAAUGGGUAUGACAAUGUAACGUAUAAUCAGCAAGCAUCACCAACGAGCAAUCCACAACUUCAAACCGAAUCAAAACUACCUGGAUUUUUUAGAAGAAAAAGUGUUUCCGCUUCAUCUGACCUGUCUAAUUUGGCUCGUCAGAAAUCUGCUUCUCCUUCUGCACUGCCUAGUCUUUCAACAACAUCGCUGGCAACAACAACAACAACAACAGCAGCAGCAACACAGAUCCCAGGAAUCAAUUUGAAUCCAAGCUUCAAAGGUUUGAAACCAUUGAAAAGAGUUGCGUUUCAUUCAUCUACUUUUUUGAUUGAUCCCCCACAACAGAUUCCAUCUAGAACUCCUAGAAAGGGAAACGUCGAGGUUUUGCCGAGUGGUGAAAUCCGCAUUAAUCCUUUGUCAAAAGAAGAUAAAAUCGCAAUGGAAAAAUCUCUGAUGGGAAUGGGCGGUGGAAUUGUUGUUGGUGGUACAGGUGCAUCAGGUUACCUUAGAAAAGAUGCAUCUGAACCUGUCAAGAAAGAUGAUGCAGAAGGAGGUGAAGGUGAAGGUGAAGGUGAGGGUGAGGGUGAGGGUGAGGGUGAAGGUGAGGGUGAAGGUGAAGGUGAAAGUGAAGGUGAAGGUAAAAAUGAAGGUGAAGGUGAAGGUAAAGAUCAAAAUGGUUCUGAUUCUGAUGAAAACGAGCCGGCAAUAAGUCAACGAGCAAAAGGUAUCGCCAUUGAUACACCAAUGGCACAGCAACAUAAAGUCAACUAUACACAACCGGUGAAGUUUAUGGCUCUCGAUACAAUGUAUUCUCGAUGCUGUCAUUUACGAGAAAUUUUGCCAAUACCUGCUAUAUUGAAACAAAUCCCCCCUGGCUCCCUAGCGCCGCUCCCUGUGUUGCAACUUAGAAAUCCAACUCCAACCAUGAUUGAGAUCCAAACGUUUGCAGAUUUUUUGCGAAUAGCUCCAAUUAUGUGCGUUUCAUUAGAUGGUGUUAGUUUAUCAAUAGAGCAAUUCAAAAUAUUGCUAGCAGCAAUGAGCGCAAAGAAACAAUUGGAGAAAUUGAGUUUGAGAAACACACCUAUAAAUGAAGAAGGCUGGUCUUUACUUUGUUGGUUUUUAUCUAGAAACACUGUUUUGAGCAAAUUGGACAUUACCCAGUGUCCAGCCUUGUCUGUGAACGUUUUGAAGAAAAAGAAGAGAAGAGCAACUAGUGAUUCUAAAAAGGUCGAGGAACAUAUUGAACGCAUGACAUGCAAUAAGGACAAUAGAUCAGAUGUUGAUUGGUCAUUGUUCGUUGCUACACUAGUUGCAAGAGGUGGUAUUGACGAAUUAAUUUUAACUGGUUGUUGUGUAACCGAUGUUGAAGUCUUUGAAAAUUUGAUGAAAUUAGCUGUACUGAAAAGAACUACACGCUUGGGACUAGCCUUCAACAAUUUGACUCCAAAACACUUGAAAAUCGUAGUAGACACAUGGCUAUUUAGUGACUUUGCUCGUGGGUUGGAUUUGGGCUAUAAUGAUUUUUCAAGUACUCAAAUGUUGAAGAUAUUCUUGGAAUAUAGUACGAAAUGUGCCGAUUUUGAAAAAGUAUUGUCCAAAGCAACGCUUUCUUUCCUAAGCUUGAAUUCGACAAAUUCUGUCUUUAGUGAUACUUUUAAAGAAGUUUUUGAGACUGUUUUGCUAAGACUUCCAAAUUUGAAGUACAUGGAUUUAUCGAAUAACCAACGUUUGUUUGGCACAUUUGGUAAAAGCAAUGAUGGUAUUACAUCGUACAACAGUUUACAAGAGCUGAACGAAUCGUCAAUUGUGCAGUAUUUCACAUCAAAGUUUCCAUUGUUUCCUAAAUUAAUCAGAUUGCACUUGGAAAAUGAGAAUUUCAGUCAGUCAUCCAUCUUGCAAAUAGCUAAGAUUCUUCCAUUUUGCAAAAACUUGGGUUAUUUCUCCCUUCUUGGGAAUCAUAUUGAUUCAAUAUCAGCAACAGCUCUAGUCAACUCCGUCAAGAACUCUAAAACAUUGAUUAAUUUAGAAUGCAAUUCAGAUAGUUUCCCCGAGUUGUUCAAGGAGAGAAUUGGAUUAUACACAAUGAGGAAUAUGGAAAGGGUAUUGUAUGCUGCGAAAAAGACCGAUUCAUCAUCAUCAUCAUCAUCAACAACAACAACAGCAGCACCAGCAAUAUCAGACCCAUCCUCACCAUCAACAUCAACAUCAACAUCAGUAUCACUAACUGAACAGUUCAAUGCGAUUUUGUCUUUAAAAGCUCAACAUAAAUUAGAUUUAAAUUCACAAGAGGUUAAAACGUUCUUAGCCAGAGCAUAUGCAAUACGUAAGGAAUUGAAGGGGUCAAUUGACGAGUUACUUAGACUACAAUUGAAAAAUGAAUUGGAUAUUGAUGGAAAGGAGACUUUGAUCAGAUUGAUUUUUAUUGAUUCUAGCAUUGAGCAGGGCUUACAGUUGAUUGAUCCUGGUUUGAUUGAUUCUGUUUCUACUGAAGCCAAUAUGUAUUUGGUCAAUAAUGGUGAAGGUCAAGUAAAAGCAGGAAAAGGAGAAUUUGAAGCAGGAGCUCACUCUCAUGAUGGUCAAACUCAUUUACAUGUGGCGCCUGAUAUCCCUGCAGUAGUUUCUCCAAUAAACAAAAGUCCCUUGAGCUCGAAUUCCAACUCAAGAACCAAUUUGGUAAAUUUAAAUAGAGAAGAAGGGUCUGUCUUGAGGCUUUCUAAGUUGAAGAAUUUCGAUAAGCCAAGUGUGGAAGAUUGUGAUUUGCUGGGAGAAGAAUUGAGAAAGAAGUUAAUGAGUAUUGAACUUUCCGAUCUGGAUAAGAUUAUUGAGUAUUUGAAAAAAACGAAAUCGAAUGGACUUUCUUUGGAACAAGUUUUCCAACAAAAAAGGAAGAGUGGAGACUCGGACUUGGAUGAGAAGAAUCGGGACGUGCUGGAUAUUAAGACUAUUGAAGAAAAAUUGAAAGAUUUGUCAAAAAAUCCAUCCAAAUCUACCAAAGAAGCUAUUGAACAAGAAAUAGAGGAUGUCAAGAAUAAUGUAGCAGGAGACUCAACCAAGGAUGAAAAUUCAAGUUUGAACGAAACAUAUGAUCAAAUUCUAAACAAGUUUGCAUCUUGA